UACUUCUUUAGCCGAUGUUCAUAUAAACAGAGUUGGUAGAAAAGUUACUUCGACUAUUGCACCGGUUUCACAAAAGAACAAGCAAGAAAAUUUACCUAAAGAUUGUGAAGAUAUAAAACGUAUUAACAGUGUAUUUUCCUGGAAAGCUAUUGCAAGAUACCAUGUACCAUACAUUAUUCGUGUAAUUAAUGGUGAAGAAUUGAAGUUUGUAUCUGUACGGAUGACUGAAACUCAGCUGCUCAGUAAUUACAUACCCUAUUUGCAUGCAGAUAUUUUUACAUGUACAUCAGUGAGAAGUCACUUUAUCACUGAUUCAGAAGCACAGAUAUUAAAUGAGAUUAACAUAAGACAUUGUGACGGUUUCUAUGGAAAAGAUAAAUUCUAUGCGGGCAAAGAUUAUAUUGUCCGUUUAGAAGAUGUCCACGAGUUGUACACAUUUAUAGAAAUAUGUGUCAAAAAAUUACAGUGCAAUAAUACUCCUAGUCUCAGCGAAAAAUGUGGUUUUAUUUCUAUCAACUCCGAAUCUGUUGUGCCAUACAGCCUUAAAGAUGGCCAUAUAUAUGUUCCACUUUUUUAUUUUGAAGGUGAAACGGGAAACCUAGGUCACAGUGCUGUAAAACUUGAAAAUUGGGACUUGGCCUAUCUUAAGUUCUGUUGUAGAGUUCAGGGUAUCAGAAAUGAGCUGUAUACUAGUGAUUCGUGCGCAGUGACUAGUCUUGAGGAUAUCAAGAAUUAUUUUCCACCAGACACACAAUUUCGGCCCUAUUGGCCUGCUAACUUGAUUGAUACACAGCUCCUGAUAAAUCCAAAAUCUACCCAUAUUAAUCCAUCAGGUGUCUGGAUCAGAGCCCCCCUUGAAGUGCCUGCCCCUGAAAGUACUUUUCCACACACAUUGACAGCUUCAGCACCAGUGAUGCCACAAAGUAUGCUAGAGGGACCACCGAUGUCUCAAGGCAAUAGUUUAAUGAUGUCACGGAGUCAUGUUAUACCACCAUCGCCUCUUGUCAGUGUAAACAAUACAGCACCAGUAAUUGCUAAUACUGUGUCAUAUUCCAACGCUGUGCCUAUUAGCCAAUGUAUGCCAACCAUGUACAAUCCAGUGCCCAGUAGCAGUGUGAUAUCACACUCAAAUCAAAUGCAACAAUUCUAUAAUCAAUGUCCUAGUUACAAUAGUCAAGCCCAACAACAGCAGGUACAACAGCAUCAACAGCAGCAGCAGCAACAACAACAACAACAACCUCAACCACAACAACAGCAAUUAAUCAUUACUACUCCUCAAGUUCAGCCAUAUAGUGGUUCAACAUCUGUGCUUUGCCGUUUAACUAACACUCAACAGCGCAACACUUUAAGGAAUGGAUUCAAAUUAAAAAAAAUACCUGAACGGACGGUGACACGAGACCCAGACUCAACAAAUAAUCCAGCAUACAAGAUCCAAAAGGCAAUAAUCAACGGAAAAGUGAUUCGCUGCAUAAACGCCAAUCCUUACAUAUAUUCAGAUUUGAUGGUGGCAUUAGAUGACUUCCUCAAAAUGAUGUUGCCUUCGUGCACUGCCGAGAGAUGCACUCAAUUCUUGUAUAAAUACUUUGACAUAAAUUUAUUUCUUGGAAAUUCUGAACAGGUGAGCAUGUUGUUGGACAACGGACGUCCCAAGUCGAAAUACGAUUCUUCGAUGAUACUAAUGGUCAUGCUUCAAGAUAUCACGCACGUAUUUUCUCAACUAAAAGAUUGGUUGUCCAUCCAAGACCAAUUUGAGGCUGGACCGUCAAGAGACAUCGCACCAGUUAGGAAGAUUUAAUAAUUAAAAGUAUAAUAAAAUCAAUGCAUUAUAUAAACAAAAUAUUUUUUCAAACAAAUAUAUUUUGUAAUUAAGCGAAUUUAAUGUUA